UUAUAAAUACAUAAAGAAGUAUUAUAUCCAAAAAUAAAAUUAAACGCAACAAAGCGUGAACGAAAACGAAAGAAAAAACUGUGCAAUUAGAAGAUUUCAACGAAUAAAAUGGCCGAAAUUCCGGAUGCCGUCAAGAAGUGCGCGGGUAUGCUAAAGGGCACUAAAAGCGAUACUGAAAAGUUCGCUGCACUUUUUAUGGUGACGAAAUUGGUGAAGGGCAAGGACUGUACAGUGGCCGCGAAAAAAUUAUUAUUUGAAGCAAUCGGUUUCAAUUUUCUAAAGAAGCUACUGAGCUCCAAAGAUUUACCCAAUGAUUGCCCACCUUUGGUUUACAAAAGUGUUGCACUUUCGAUAUUGACUUGCUUCUGUCAAGAAGAAGAACUGGCGACACAUAAAGAUAUGUUAGAAGCUAUACCAACAUUAUUGGAAAUUGUUGAAACUGCAGAUGAUGAUGAUUAUGAUGAUAAUUUAAUUGUAGUUAGUGAAGCUUACAGUUGCUUGAAAAGUAUUGCUACCUACGAACCGGGACAAAAUGCUUUGUUGGCUAUGGGUGCCAUACCGAAAAUGUCGCAAAUCUAUUCUGCACAAAGUUUCCAAACAGACGAAGCUUUGCAUUUAAUUGUACUUUUAGUGGAUAAAUUCGGUGCUGAGUCUUGGUCAGAUGAUCCGAAACCUUUCCAUGCUUUAGUUCAACGUAUAGCGUUGGAUAUGGAAACUGAUCAUAGUGAACGUAAAUACGAUCUAUGCAAGGUUUUGUCAUCUAUCCUAAAAACUUGUCGGCGUGAUGUUGUAUUCAACUCUUUGGAGGGUGAAAUUUGGCCUGAAAGUUUGUUUAAAGGUUGCGGUGAUAUACUAAAGAGUAAAAUUGGUCCCAAGCAAAGAGAGCCAACACUGCAAUUGAUUGCCACUAUAUUGCAAGUACUUGGUAUACAGUGGGUAUUUAUGGAUGAACAGAAAUCUUUCUUUUUGGUGUUACUCGGUUUAGCUGCGAUUGAAGUACGCAUGCAAAUGGAUGAGAAGAAGUUGGAAACCACUUUUAAGAAUUCUGAUUUACUAACCAAUUGCUUUGUCAUAUUGGAGCUCUGCAUAAAACAUAUGGCAAGUGAUCAGGUCGACUUGGAUGCAAAAGAAAAGCAAACUACUUAUACAGCAUUAAAAGGUGCUUUUAACCAAGUGUUGGCUGUGUUGACACGUGUCUCUAAUGACAAGAUCAAGGAUAGUGACAAGCCACGUGAACGCAAAUUUAUUUUCGCUAUUGUACGCAUAUUAUCUGCUUGGUUAGCUCAAGAAACAACAGCAAUGCGUCCUGCAAUCUACAAACUUCUUCCCUUUAUGUUCAAAGUGGCAAAUGAAUCUUUCCACUCUUUGAAAACAUGGCGCGCUGGUAGUCGGGAAGGUGAACAACCAGUUGACGUAUUGCGAAUUAUGCUACCUGCACUUUGUCAUUUGGCUGUAGAAGAUGAUGCACGUAAAGUUAUUUUCACUUUCAAGCAGGACGAAGUUCUAUUGGAAUUAUUAGAGUUCUACUUUAGUAUUGCGCACUACAAACGGCCACCUGUACCACGCGCUGAACGUCUUAAACGUAUGAAUGAACCAGAUCCAGUACCUACACCGAAACAACUAGAAGAAAUGAAAGAUGCUCGUGAAGCCAUUGUUUCUCUAUGUAACAUUUUGAUGAAUUUCACUGUAUUGGAACCCAAACGUGCUGAAGAUUCACCUUUAUUUGCUAGCAUACUUAAGUUUGUAGUUGAAAAUUUACCUGAGCUAAAAGACACUUCCGAUAAUCUUGUAAUGAAUGGACAUCUAUCAGUGCUGGGUCUGCUUUUACUGAAGCAACAGGCGCAUAAAGUCAAAAAGAAUGAUUUUUCAUUUUGCCGCUAUCUGCAAGCAACUAUACGCUUCCUUUGGGAUGCUUACAAUAUUGAUGAAUCCAUCGAUCCAACUGCGUUAGUCGUUUCUAUAGCCUAUAAGGAGCACUGGAUGGAAAUAUCCGAACUCUGGUUCUUGGGCAUGCAAACCAUGUGCGGUGUGUUGCCACUUGUACCUUGGAUAUCUGAAUUCGCCAUCGAAUCUGGCUGGGCUGAGGGUAUAGUACAAACAUUAAAGAAAGUUAAAAUCGGCACUUUACCAGCGAAUGUUAAGUCCGCCUAUGAAGACUUCUUGUCACAGCUUGUCGAUGUGAAUGCAGAUGUUGUGGCUGUAUUAAAGAAGGCUGAUGCAUUGCGUGUAUGUCGCAAUCACAGAAUGAUGGACUUGGGCAAGAAACUCUUCGGUGACUAAGCACGGGAAACAUUCGAUUUCUGUGUAAUUUUUAACGCAAGAGUAGAGUGAGGUCACUUUUAACUUUAAGACAAUUUGUUUUGCACAAAUAUUUUUCUACAUAUUUUUUUUAUUUAAUGACUUUUGUGACGUGAGAAUAUUUAUUUUAAAA